GUGCGCUGCGACCUGGCGACCCACAAUCCCUGCACCAACUGCAAAAAGUCCGAGGUGGAGUGCAGGCCAUAUACACGUAAGCGCAAGCGCUUCACCAACAGUCUGUCGCCCAGUCGCGACGCGAAUUCAGCAGACCCAUUGAGUCGGCGCAGCUCACAGCUUCCCGCCGACGCGCCCGCCGACAGAGGCGCGCGUCUGUCAUCGGCCAGUCCCUACGAAGACAAUGUCUUGCCCAGUGAACCAUUGCCGCUUCCGGUGAACAAUGGUGAACCCGUCAUAAAAGAGGAAAGCUACCGCGGGCGGAGCGAGUACCUGGGCGGGAGUGUGCCGUUUGAUGAGAACAUGGUGAAACCUGGUCAUGAGACGACGAGCCCCAAGACAUCCGCCGCCGAUUUACAGAUGCUGCGUGACCAGGGUGCCUUCGAAUUACCACCGGAAUAUGUGCAAAGAGAACUAAUGGCCAGCUUCAACAAGUAUUGCUUGCCUUGGACCCCCGUCAUUGAUCCGAAAUGGUUGGACGAGGGUACGCCUCCUUCCAUGCUUCUGCUACAAUCCAUCUUUCUGGCUGGCAGUCGGGUUUCCAAGGCGCAUUUGGACUAUGCCUCGAGUGAGGUCUUUUAUAGACGUGCGAAGCUGCUCUUCUUCUUUGGCGGAGGCAAUAACUCGCUCAUAUCCAUCGUGGCGGCUUGCCUGCUACAUUGGUAUAACCCCGUGGGCCCGGAAGAUGUCUCGACAGAUACCAGUGGAUUCUGGAUCCGCACCGCUGGGGCCAUGGCAUUCCAAAUCGGAUUGCAUAAGGAGCCACCGCCAAAUGCGAAAGAUCGCGGUCUUCGCCGACGAUUAUGGUGGUCAUUAGUUAUUCGUGAUAAUGUCAUCUCAGUCGGAGUUGGUCGACCGAGAACAAUCAACUUGCGAGACAGCGACGUGCUCCCUCCGUCACCGAACGACUUCCCCGCUUGGAACUUCCAGGCUCAGCUAUUCCUCGCAUAUUGUUCGAUAUCAUGCCACCUGGGUGAUACAGUAGAAUGCUACCUCCGGCGUGAAAUAUCUCGACAGCGAAGAGUUGACCUAGAAAAUGCAGUCUACAGGUGGGCAAAGCAGGUGUUCCCUAAAUUGCACUCCUCAGCCGCGGUGCAGGAAGAUGCCAUUACUUCCCACCACGAGGUUCAGCAGCUGCUGGUCAUGUACUUUGUCGUCCUCACCAUCAUCCAUCGAUCGCCCACGCCAAACAGUGUUCCCCCAGCCGCCUCGUUGGUGGCGUCCUCCUUCAUUGCCGGCAUAUAUGAGGAGUUCCUAUUACGCGACGAGCUUCGCUACUUGGGGCCCGUCUUUGCAUUUUACCCACUCUGCGCAGGGCUAUCAUUACUGUCAUGUUGCCGUUACACCCAACUACAAAGCACAGCAGAGCAUGAGCUAACCGUCAUGAAGCUAUCUCUCCAAAAACUUUCCGAGAGGUGGCUUUCCGCCGUCGGACCACUGCGAGCUCUGAACAAAUUGACCGAAAAGGUCCGGGAACAGGGUACCCUCGACGGGCCCCCACCAGCUCUGGAUGUCGAUACAGCUUCAUUCUUUGAAGGCUUUGACAUGAAGCUUUGCAAGCAGUGGAGCUUGAUAGGACAUACAUCCGAGCCAGUAACAAAUGCAAGAGCAGAACGCACUUGUACGUUGGCAGAAGUACAAGAAACCGACGAUGCGCUACAACCAUUUGAUGCUCGGCCAGAUGAAGCCGUUGAUAAUUACAAUUUUCCUCCGCUCGAUACAAAUAUGGAGACAUUUGGUACCAGUUGGGAAGGCUCAGGCUUUGAUUGGAGUGGAUCUUGGCUGCUAAAUAUAUAA